AUUAGUGCAUCUGAAGAUAACAUCAAGGAAUUUGUAUUUCCCGUUGUAUUCGUAACGUCGACCGUUUUAUACAUGUUCAUUGCUAACUAUGUUGGGCAAGAUAUUAUAGAUCACACUAAUCACGUAUUCGUUACUGCGUACAGCGUUCAAUGGUAUCUAGCUCCCUUACAAAUACAAAGAAUGAUUCUUUUUCUGUUACAAAGAAGCGGCAAAAAUUUUACUCUGGGUAUUGGUGGAUUAUUUAUUGGAUCGUUAGAGUGUUUUGCGACGUUCACCGCAUUUUUAACUUCGAAAUGUACUUCGGAUCUCAUCGUCAAGAUUCUGUCUGUCACGUUUUCCUUUGCUAUUUUUAUGAUAAAUUACAUCUCUUUUGCUUGUAACAUGAAAGCUGUAAAGAAUUUAUUGACGCAACUUCAGCACGUAUACGAUAAACUACAAGAUGAAUGUGAAAACACUAUCAUGGAAGAGUAUGGCUAUAAUGGAAAACGUUACACGGCUGCACUUACAAUAUUUGGCGUUUGCAGUGUAUUUACUUCUAUUGCUGCUGAAUUUUUAUCGAGUACUUUUGAUGUUUUGCCAAUAAAUGUUUCUCAAGCACGUCGAAUGCAAUUCAUAACGGAAUACUUCGUCGAUCAAGAAAGAUAUUUCUCUUUAAUUCUAUUACAUAUCAACGUAGCAUUUUGCAUAGGGCUGUUUAUAAUAAUAGCUGGAGGAACAAUGCUUAUUGUGUAUCUCCAACUUACAUGUGGAAUGUUUAGAAUCUCCAGUUAUCGUAUUGAACGUGUAAUGAGAAUCAAUAUGCUGAAAAACAUUAGUAGGAAGAAUGAGAAAGUCAUAUUCGAAGGGAUAAUUUGUGCUAUAGAUAUGCAUCGGCAAGCUAUGAAAUUGUCUGAACUCUUGGUAUCUAAAUUUGAGACAAUGCUAUUCUGUCUAAUAGCAGUCGGAGUAGUCUCUUUGAGCCUUAAUCUCUUUCAAAUUUCUCAGAUUGGUUCAUCUCAAGAUAAUGUCAAAGAAUUAUUAUUUCCCUUUUUAUUCGUAACAAUUUGUAUUUUAUACAUGUUCCUAGCCAACUAUGCCGGGCAGAACGUUAUUGAUCAUACUAAUUACGUAUUUGUUACUGCGUACAGCGUUCAGUGGUAUAUGACUCCCUUAUACAUACAAAAAAUGAUACUGUUUCUAUUGCAAAGAGGCACCAAAAAAUUCACUUUGAGUAUCAAAGGACUAUUUGACGGAUCGUUCGAAUGUUUCGCUACGCUGAUAAAGGCUUCGAUAUCUUACUUUGCUGUUAUAUAUUCGAUACACUAAAAAAGACUGAAAAAAUGAAUCUAAUAGCAUGGUAUAUGUAUAAUUAA